GCGCGAGAGAAACAGGUCACGCACGCGUUUCAGCUGCUUACAGUCGCCGGAAGAGUCAACCGAUCUCUCAAAAUCACAAAUUUGUAUGUGUAAUAUCAUAAAUGGACUCGUGAAUCAAAUGGAGCAGUUUUUCUUAUUAGACAGUAAGUGUGUGUUUUGAGCACCAGUCAUGCAGCCCCUCAGAGAUGCCGAGUUGGGGGCUUCCACCUUCUUCGCUUCUCCUCUUCCUCACGAUGUGUGCGGCAGCAAUGGGCUUCCUCUCACCCCAAACUCCAUCAAGAUCCUGGGACGCUUCCAGAUCCUCAAAACCAUCACCCAUCCCAGACUGUGCCAAUAUGUGGACAUCAGCAGAGGAAAGCACGAGCGCCUGGUUAUUGUAGCUGAGCACUAUGAAAAAAGCUUGAAGGACCUUUUGAAGCAGCGGAAACCUGUCAGUCCAGAGAAGGUGCUACAGGUUGCCUAUGAAGUGCUGGAAGGAUUGGAGUUCAUGAAUAAGCACGGGAUGGUGCAUCGCGCUUUAUCUCCUAACAAUGUCCUCCUAGAUCGUGCGGAUAAAGUGAAGCUGGCCAAAUUUGGCCUGUAUCAUAUGACCGACCAUGGAGCAGAUGUCGACUUCCCAAUUGGGUAUCCAUCUUACCUGCCUCCGGAGGUUAUUGCUCAGGGCUGUUUCUAUUCCAGCGAGCCCUCCAUCAAUGAGGCCCCGCAGCCUUCAGGGCCCAAAACUGACGUCUGGUCUCUCGGGGUGCUUCUGUUUGAACUCUGUGUGGGAAGGCAGAUUCUGCAGAACAUAGACAUCAGCGAGAGAAUGAAGUUCAUCAUCACCUUAGGGUGCAUGGAUGACAUCAUUACAGUAUUAGCCGAGGAACACGGGUGCAUAGACACAAUUAAGGAUCUGCCUGAAAACGUGCAGGCUUUAUUGAGGAAAUGCCUGACGUUUCUCCCUUCAAAACGACCCACUCCUUCUGAUCUUCUGGGAGACGCAGUGUUUGAGAGCAUAUCUUCUGAGUAUACUCCCUAUCAGAGUCCUGUGCAUCUGUUCUCCGCCUCACCACGAUGUGCUUAUCUACAGCUUCCUGAUGACAUCAGUGAACUCUGUAGAGAGAAUGGAGAGAACUACCUGUCGGAGAGAGCCAUAGAUGAGGUUUAUCACCUGUGGUGUCUGGCAGGGGGAGACCUGGAGAAAGAGCUCACCAAUCAGGAGAUCAUCCAGUCCAAACCACCCAUCUGCACGCUUCCCAAGUUUAUUUUGGAGGAUGGCGAGUCGUUUGGACAGGGCCGGGACAGAAGCUUCCUCCUGGAUGACACAACUGUGACACUUUCUCUCUUUCAGCUCAGAAACAGGCUGAAGGAUGUGGCGGGAGAGACAUACUUUCCAUUAUUGGAGGAUGAGCAGUGCAGCCUGCCUCAGUCCAGCAGCAGUAAUGAACUGUCUGCCACCGUCACACUGCCCCUCAUUAUCCGAGAGAGAGACACCGAGUACCAGCUCACACGCAUCGUCCUCUUCCACAGACUGCUCAAGGCAUACCCUUACAAGAAGAACCAGAUCUGGAAGGAGGCGAGGGUUGACAUUCCUCCUCUUCUGAGGGGUCUGGCCUGGGCGGCUUUACUCGGAGUUGAGGGCGACAUCCAAUCAAAAUACGACUCCAUCGAUAAGGACACGCCCAUCCCCACUGACAGACAGAUUGAAGUGGAUAUUCCUCGCUGUCACCAAUAUGAUGAGCUGCUGUCGUCGCCGCAGGGCCAUGUCAAGUUUCGGCGGGUGCUGAAGGCUUGGGUUGUGUCUCAUCCCGAUCUGGUUUACUGGCAAGGCUUGGAUUCACUUUGUGCACCUUUCCUUUAUUUAAAUUUCAACAAUGAAGCUCUUGCGUACGCAUGCAUGUCGGCCUUCAUCCCCAAAUAUCUGUACAAUUUCUUCCUGAAGGACAACUCGCAUGUAAUACAAGAAUAUCUGACCGUCUUCUCUCAGAUGAUUGCGUUUCACGACCCCGAGCUCAGCAACCACCUCAACGAGAUUGGAUUCAUACCUGAUCUCUACGCAAUCCCAUGGUUUCUUACAAUGUUCACACACGUGUUUCCCCUGCACAAGAUCUUCCACCUGUGGGACACUCUGCUCUUGGGAAACUCCUCGUUCCCCUUCUGCAUUGGUGUAGCCAUCUUACAGCAGCUGAGAGACCGUCUGCUGGCCAACGGCUUCAACGAGUGCAUACUGCUCUUCUCUGACCUCCCUGAGAUCGACAUUGAACGCUGUGUUCGAGAAUCCAUCAACCUUUUUUGCUGGACUCCUAAAAGUGCCACUUACCGCCAGCAUGCCCAGCCAAACAAACCUCCCAGCGAGAGCAACAGCUUCGGCAAAACACCUUCAUAUUACGCAUCAGAGUUUCAAGAACUGACCAAAACUGACCUGAGCCGUGAGCCACUCAAGCUGAGCGAGCUGAAAGCAGAAGUGUCUCCGCGUAUUUCUGUGGAAGACCUCAUUGACCUGUGUGAGCUGAGUGGACCAGCUUUCUUUAAAACUCCCGUCAAGAGGGCCAGGACUGGCAAACCCAAAAUUCUUGCGGUGGACAUCAGGAGCCUUGAAGACUUCAGUCGAGGCCACAUCUACGGCAGCAUUAAUAUUCCAUACACCUCCACGUUUGGACCAGAGGGAGAGCUGCUCCAGUGUCCCGCUAGCAGCAGCCUAGCCGGAUACAGACUCCGCGUCAUCGUCAUCCUCAGCAGCGUCAUGAAGAACGCUAUCACUUUUGCGACUCAUCUGGUGAAGGUGAAUUUCCCUCGUGUUUGCGUUCUGGACGGUGGAAUGAACAAGAUGAAGUCCACCGGCCUGCUGACAGUCCCGUCCCCUCAGAUAUAACAGAUGAACUUUGGUUAAAGGGAAGCUGUUGUUUACACGCUAAUACGUUAUAUUCUGUAAAGUGUGUGGUGAUUUCGGCAUUAUGCAUGUCAGCACUGAAAAGCUUGAACUUGAAAACGAAAAGCAAAACUACACAGAGGCGUUUCAACUUUUGGGACCAAACUAAUUGACAAAUAAAAUGUUUGUUUUUUUA